AAAUUGGAUAAUAAUUUACAACAACAAAUAAAUAAAUCGUCCAAACAUUUUUAUAAUCAUCAUCAUCAUUAUAAUCAUCAUUAUAAUAAUGAAUAUAAAUCCUUCCAAUCAUCACCAUUGAUUAUGGCAAAUAAUUUCGGACAAAUAACCGAGCCAUUAUCGACGAAUUUCGAUGAAAAAGCCAAACAUAAACAUCAUCAUCAAAGUCAUAAUCAUCACCAUCAUUAUAAGAUUACAACGAAUAUACAAUUAAAUCGACCUUAUGAAUUAGCGCAAACAAAAUGUAUAGCACGUUGUAAUUGUAAAUGGCGUUCAGGUAAAAUGUGGGUUGAAUGUCCAGAUGCAAAUCUACAUCAUAUACCAAAAGGAUUAGAUUCCGGUACACAAGUAUUAUAUUUAUCCGGUAAUCCAAUCAAUAAACUUGAAUCACGUGCAUUUGAAAGAGUUGAAUUAACAAAUAUACAACGUUUAUAUUUAGUAAAUUGUCAAUUAAAUGAUAUAAAUAUUGAUGCAUUUCAACAAUUGACCAAUUUGAUCGAGCUUGAUUUAGCUCAUAAUGAGCUUAUAAAUUUGCCUACAAAUUCAUUAAUAAAUUGUCCAAUAUUAAGAAAAUUAAGUUUAUCAAAUAAUCAUCUAAAAAUUAUAACAAAUUCUGCAUUUAUAAAUCUAAUACAUUUACAAACGAUUGAUUUCAGUGUAAAUCAGAUUGAAACAAUUGAAGAAAAUGCAUUUUAUGGUUUGAAAAAUUUAAAACAACUAUACCUACAUGAUAAUAGAUUGAGAUAUAUUGAUGGACAAAUAAUGAAAAGUUUACCGGCCGUUUAUGAGCUAACAUUACAUCAUAAUCAAUGGCAAUGUGAUUGUAGUUUACGUACAUUUCGUGAAUGGAUGAUUGAACAUCGUAUACCAUUAUCAUAUUCACCAAAUUGUACAUUACCUGAACGUUUAUUGGGUAAAAAUUGGAAUCAAUUAGAAUUGGAUGAAUUUGCCUGUCAACCGAUUGUUAUUUCAAUCGAUACUGAAGUUGUUGUUUAUGAAGGUGAAAAUGCAUCAAUUGGUUGUGUAAUGGAAGCAAUACCAAAUGUACAAAUAGAAUGGGAAUGGCGUGGUCGUACAAUACGUAAUAUGUCAUUAAUGACAUUUGGUAGACAAAUGUAUUUAAUACGUGAAAGUUAUAGUUCAACUGGUAUUAUGAUGUCAUUAUUACCAGUUGGUAAUGGUAAUAAUUCACAAUUAGAUCUUAUUACUGAUGAUGAUGAUGAUAAUGAUAAUAAUGAUAUUAAUGAUCAACAAAAUCAACAAUCAAAAGAAUCUAAUGAAAAUUCAUUACUUUAUUCAUCAUAUUCAUCGAAUAAACAUCAAAGAAAAUUAUCUGGUAAUCAUCAUCAUCAUCAUGAAUCUAUCAUGAUACCAGAAGAAUAUACUACUAUUGUUAAUCAACAUCAUCAUCGAGUUCAUCGAUCCAAUCUAAAUUCUAUUGUCGAAGAUCCAUUGUUAACUUUUUCUUCUUCUUCGCCAUCACCAUCAUCAUCGUUAUCAUCAAAAACGUCCAUAACAUCAGAAACCACUUAUAAACGCACAAGUACCUUAUAUAUAAUGAACGCUUUGGAAAAGGACAGUGGAAGCUAUGUAUGUACUGGUUAUAAUAAAGCUGGAACCGUAUCAGCAAAUGUAACAUUAACCGUUUUAAGACGAUUAGAAGUAACUGCUGCUGCUUAUUCUGGUCAAGAAGUUGCUGGUAUUGUUAUUGGUACAUUGUUCAUUUUUCUUCUCAUUUUGAUUGCAAUAUUUUCGGUUGUAUUACGUUCAAGAAAAUUUUUACAUUUUCGUUCGCCUACGAACAACAACAACAAUGAUCAUCAAUCGAAUCAUAAUGGUGGUGGUGGCAGUAGUGUUGAUAAUCAAACAAUACUUGGUUCAACAACAAUAACAUCCAAUAAUUCUUAUCACAAUGGUGGUACAAAUGGUAUAAUUCCCAAUAGACAUUUACAGACAACAACAACAAUACCGAAUGGUACAUUGAAACGAUAUUCAAACAAUAAUCAUAAUGAAAACAGCCAAAAUCAUAUUUUACCAUCGACGACAACAGCAUCAAAUAAAAAUCUAGAGUCGAACAAUAAUAAUGAAUCAAUGAAAAACAAUUUAAUAGUAUCAAUGAAUCCAGCAAAUUCAGAUUCAUCAUUGAAAAAAUCAUCAUUCAUUCAUCAAUAUGUUGUGAUAUCUGAUAAUAAUAAUCAAAUUAAUAAUGAUGAUAAUAAUAAUAAAAUGAACAUCAUUAGUAAUCAGCUUGCUGAACAAAUUGAAAUGUGUGAUUAUUCAUUGAUUAAUUCAAUAGAAACUAAUGAUACGACGAUGAAAAUGAUUGACCAAAAAUGUUCAACAAUAGAUCCAUCGAUGGAAGCUCGUGUUGUUGAUAAUAAUUUCAAUCAAAAAUUCAUCAACAAUAAUAAUCAAUUUGUUAACCAGCAACAACAACAACUACCAAUGUCUAUGUCGAUUGAUAUGAAAACUUUAACACAAUCUUCAGGAAUUCGUAACGGUUUAUUCAAUAACCAUAAUACAACCAAUGUCAAAUUUCCAAUACAAGAUUCAAGUUUUCUUCGUAAUGGCAACAAAAAUCCAGUGAUAUUUAGUCAACAACAUUAUGAUGAUUCUAUAAUUUCAAAUAAAAAUAUUAAUACAAAUUUAAUAUUUAAAACUAAAAGCGGUACAAUGAAUAAAAUACGUUCAACAAAUCCUUACAACAAUAAUACAUUUGAUGGUCAUCUUAAUUCUAGCCAUAUCAUAAACAAUAAUAUUAGUGCCAAUAAUAAUAUUUAUCCAUAUGUAAACGACAAUGCCAACAAUCAUCAUACAAUGAAUUUUUUUGAAUCAUCAUCCAUAACUGAUAUGCCUUCCAAUGGUUCACAAUUGUUGAUGGGAAAAACAUAUUUAUAUGGACAACAACCAUAUCGAUCGACAGAUCAUCAUUUUUCAUAUGAUGUCAAAAAUAAUGAACAAAUAUUGAUGAAUCGAUGUAUCGAUAGUAUUCAUCCAUAUAAUGAAUCGAUAUUACCGAAUAUGAUAAAUCAAAAUAAUAAUUGUUCAUUAUAUGAUCAACAACAACAACAACAACGACAUUUAGCCGCUUCUGUAGCCGUUGUUGAAGAAUUACAAACAAAAUUUGCUACAAGAGUUUCAGCAAAUGAUUCUAUUGCUUGUCAAAUGAAGCGUAACAAUAGUAUAGAUUCAUCAUCAUCACCAUCACAAACAACUAUGGCAACAUCAUCAUCAUCGACAGUAUCAUCAUCUACGGGUCAAAUUGUACGAUUUGCCAAUACACCAAUCGUUUACAAUUAUUCAUCAAUAUCUAAUCAAUCGACAAAUAAUAACAACAACAAUAAUAAUAAUAAACAGGCAAGCCCUUUGAAUCGUAUCAAAAAUAAUGGUCUGAAUCCAUCAUUGAUGGCAAGAGAUUCACCUGAUGAAGGAUUGGGUGAAGAAACUGAAUAAACAUCACUUUGUAAAUAAACAAUUUUUUUUUCUGUUUUCAAUGUUGAAAGUUUCAAUUUUUUUUCUUUCUUUUUUGUUUUUUGUUCAACUUGAAAUGUUUCUUUUUUUUUGUAAAUUUAUUUAUUACUUGUA